AUGGCCCGCACGGUCCUUUUUGCGCAGGAUGAUCAUGCUGCAGCAGAGUGCCUGGUGCCACUAAGCACCGGCCAUCAGGUCCUCGGUGUGGGCUGUGGUGCGAGCACCUCCAUCUUUGCAAGGCGAUGUGUGGACCUGGGCUUUGGCUUCGUGAGCGGUGUGGAGCCCACGGUGGUCGCGGGCGCCCUGGAGCGCUUCAAGCCGGACGUCACAGUGCUGGUGCCCGACAUCAGCGGCCAAGUUCCUGAGUCCUUAGCUGCUGGGGGCGGUCGGCAGUAUGUGGUGAAGGUGGGCGCUCCGAUGAAAGGAGCACCCUGGCCUGAGUUUGCGCCCAUCUGGCUGCAGCAGGCGAAUAGCCGCGUCGCCAUUUGCAAAGCCUCCGGGGAGGAGGUGGGUGCAGAGCUUGUGGCUGUAGGGAAAGACGAGACAGCUUUGUCGCUCCGUGCAAAAAAUGCUUUGGCUGCGGCCAGACUUCUGAAAGUUCUCCUGGAGGAGGGUGAAGGCGCAUUGCCAAAGCUCGAGCCGGCAGCCGCGGUUCAGAAAGAGGCCCCGAUGCGAAUCGACUUGAGUUGGGACGAGGAUUCCGUGGACCGUUUCAUCCGCGCGUACCUCUUCCCUCCGCAUGAUCCUGCAGUCGUGGAAGUUCCGACCAAGAAAGACACCUACUUCAUCGAGAACAUGGAGCAGUUCAACGACUUUCGCAUGAAGGUCCUGGAAGAGGGUGUCCGAGACGACUUCACGAAUCGAAGUUAUGCGGCAGACACGCAUUGGUACUCUAACGUUGGUGGCAGCAUCGUGAAGAUGGGUGAUUCCGACAUCCACAUGCCGCUGAAGACCUCAGACAAGAAGCACAAGGCCAUCAUCCCCGGGGCCGCACUCGGUGCCCGAAAGAAGCUGCGGAUGAACGAGCCGCUCAUAGGGCCGAAUGCCGAGCGCUACUGCAGUGGGGCGUUGGCCUCCGGUUGGAUUGGCCUGGUGCCGAGAGUGGCUGAUUCGUUGAUUUCGAAUCUCCCAUCGGACGAGGCUGGCAAGCACAGAAGCACAAACUUCGAUGUGGCCGUGAAGGUGAUGAGCACGGCCAUGCCCACUGAGACCGGGGCCCUGCCAGUUGCUUCAGGUAUUCGCAACGAACGAAAAGCCUUCGAUCACCUGCUUGAAGGCCCGGCGGACCCUCACGUCGUGGAGCUGGUGGGUCGGUUUGAUGGUCUCGGCAGCGAGGUCGGUGAUCUGGGCUUGGAAGUGCGGCAGGAGGAGCAAGUGCACUACUUCGUCACCGAGCUUCUGACAGGAGGCUCCUUGGAAGACUCCCUGCAGCAAGGUAGCAUGGAGGAGGCGACAGCGCGGCAAAUCAUCAGGAGCGUCUGUCAGGGGUUGGCCAACCUUCAUGAGCAAGGCAUCGUACACCGGGACCUGAAGCCCGGGAACGUGCUCUUCAGCAGGGACGGGCAGGAUCCCAAGUUGAUCGACUUCUCACAUGCUGCCCUGGUCAGAGGCGACGAGGAGAUACUGACCGGCGAGCUUGGCACGAGAGGUUACGUAGCUCCAGAGGUGCUCUCUGAACGGCCCUAUGGGAAGAAGUGUGAUGUGUUCUCUCUUGGCUGCACAGUGCACGCACUGCUCAGCGGUCGACCCCCACGAAGGCAUGUGCGGUUUGGCUUUAUCCAGCAGUUGCCGAGCUCGGUCUCGGAGUCCGCGCGCCGCUUCGUGAAGGCGCUCCUGACCGUUGACCCCAAAAGCCGCCCCUCGGCAAGAGAGGCCUUGGCGGAGAGUUGGCUGCAGGAGUGA